AUCAUUCUGAAUCAUUUAAAGCCCUGAAUUACAAUGACAUUAACACUCAUGAGGGGCCCAGAGGAAGAGGCUCGCCUAGGGCGGCAUUCAUCCAAGAAGCGCUCCUGGAAACACUGAAAACAGUGGAAAGGACCUGCAAACCUGUGAGGGGGCUGAGAGAGCAACGUCAAAGACAGUUCCUCACUGUAAACAUGGCGGAGGCAGCGGACACACCACAACACCGGUUUUACUGCCACUUCUGCAGGAAAGAGACGGAGCCCCAACUGCCGGAUUUGGUCUGCCCCACAUGCGAGUCCGACUUCAUCGAGGAGGUAACAGAAGACUCCAGUUUCCUGCGGGACAGAGCGUCAUCAGUAACAAAUGCAGAGUCAAACUUGCAGUUGCCAGACAUAUGGCAGCUGGUGUUCAUGGAGCGCUCCGCCCUGCUGUCCCACCCGCCCUCCUCCGAGUCCCGCCCAGAGGACAACCAGCAGGUAUCUCCGGCGUCCCCGGUCGUUACAGAGCUGCAGGAACAGGACUCGCCUUUUAACGUUGAGCAGGACGAGUCUUCCAGGCCUGAGCAAAUCCCCACUGUAUACGGGAUCAUGCAGCAGGUCUUUUCUGAACUGUUAGCCACCAGCGGAAGCUCCACUUCUACUCCAACCGAACUAUCAAGCAUGAUGCAGUUGUACUCAAACCCGGGAGAUUAUGCGUGGGGACAGGGAGGCCUCGACGCGGUCGUCACAGAGUUAUUAGAGCGGCUGGAGAGCACGGGUCCACCGCCGGCUGAACAGGAGAUGAUCUCAUUGCUGCCCAGUGUUUGCGUCUCUCAAGAACAGUUAGACUGCCGACUAGAAUGUCCAGUUUGUAGGGAGGAGUAUUCGCUCGCCGAAUCUGUCAGGAAGCUUCCCUGCCUCCACUACUUCCACAGCGACUGCAUAGUGCCCUGGUUGGAGCUGCAUGACACCUGCCCAGUGUGCCGCAAAAGUCUCGACGGCGUCGACAACAACCUCCCGCCCACAUCGCAGCAGCCCCAAGACGAGCUCUCUGACAGGCAAGAGCAACAAGAGAGGGAGGCGAUUUGAGCAACGGGACUCUUCGUGUUGGAUCAGCCGCUUUUAAAUAAAACACAUUACAUGCACCGCAGUUCUGACUGCA